CUUACCAAAAUUAAAAAAAUUCUUCUCCCUUACCAAUUUUGAAGCUGCAGAGUCCCUACAGACUCAAUCUCGAGCUUGGCAUCUCAAUUUUGAGCACGUUCACCGGAGUAGCAAGUGCUAGCGAUGGCGAGAAUAGAGAAAGGGAGAUGAUGGUGGUUUCCAGUGUUUGUGGACAGGUUUUUGAGAAUUCUAAGGAAACAGAUGUUGGGGAAAGAGAAGAAGCAAAUGAAGGAAUGCAGGGGGUAGAGCACCAGGCAGAGCUUGGUAACAAGGAGAAACUGAAUAUUGGAAUUCGGGAGAUUGUUGAGCAGGUUGGUGUAAAAGAGGUGGAUGCACCAGUCAGUGAUAGAGGGGAAGGACCUCAUGCAGUUCAGAAUGUCAUUUCCAAGAAGGAAAAGCGAAAGGGGAAAACAACAUUAUUCAUGAAGUCACCGUACAUGAAACGGGCCGUGGACUUAAGAGAGAAUGCAAGCAGCACCGAAAAUCGUAUUUGGAAGUGGGUGAUGAAAAACACAGAAGCAUCCAGAUUUGUUAUUUAUCCAGUCAUGCAAUUGAAGUGGUGCUAUUGUGUUUGUGUAAACACGAAGGGCAGUAGGCUGGAAGUGUUGGACCUCUCUUCGUCAUGCACAAGAGCCGACGAAAAAUAUGAGGACAUGCCUGCUAAGCUGCGUGACAUGCUUGUGCAAUUCUUUAAGAACGAAGGGAUGGAAGGAAAGCUGAAAAAGCUAAGUACACAGCGGCCAACGCGGCUUAAAAUUCCUUGGAGGGAGCCCACGUCCAUACAUGAGUACGGUGUUGCAACUAUGCGCCAUAUGGAGACAUACAUGGGGCUUGGAGUAAAAGGAUGGGACUGUGGUUUGAGUAGGGAAGAUCAGAAAGCCUUUAAUGCAUUGCGUUUAAAGUACUGUGCUUGCAUCGUUUUGGCAGAGGUGAAUGAGAUGAAGGAGGAGAAUAUGGCCAAGGGAAAGAAUUUCGUGGCAGCUUGAUGUUGGAAACCAAACAAUAUUUAACAUUUGCAGAAACGUCUUUGGUGUUUUUGCACACCGGUUUUUUGUUUUUUGCUGCUGGUUUUUUUUUACAGUAUUAUGGUUUUAUCUAGUUUUCAACACUAAUAUCAUCGAUAUGAAUGAUCAGUUG